UCAAAUCAAAUCCAUUAUCAACACAACCCACACUACAACACAACACAAAACCUCUUAUAUUCUCUCAGUCAUUUCAUCAAACACCUACACUAUACAUUCAACCCAAUUCAUUAUCCACACUUACAAGAUGAAGAUCACCGUAACAAAUUCAACAAUGGUGAGACCAGCUGAGGAGACUCCAAGGAUCAAGCUAUGGAACUCCAACGUUGAUCUAGUAGUCCCCAAUUUUCAUACACCAAGUGUGUAUUUCUACAGACCCAACGGGGGAUCCAACUUCUUCGAUCCGAAGGUUAUGAUUAAAGCUUUGAGCAAAGCGUUGGUCCCGUUUUACCCGAUGGGAGGACGGUUAACGAGAGACGAAGAUGGCCGAAUUGAGAUAGAUUGUCAAGGACAAGGCGUGUUGUUCGUGGAAGCAGAGUCCGAUGGUGUGAUCGAUGAUUUCGGUGACUUUGCGCCCACGUUGGAGCUCAAGAAACUCAUCCCAGUUGUUGAUUACACGUUAGGAAUCGGAUCGUACCCUUUGUUAGUGUUGCAAGUGACUUAUUUUAAAUGUGGGGGUGUUUCGUUAGGAGUUGGUAUGCAACAUCAUGCUGCAGAUGGUGCAUCCGGGCUGCAUUUUAUCAACGCGUGGUCCGAUAUGGCUCGAGGUCUUGACAUCACUCUCCCGCCGUUCAUAGACCGAACCCUGCUCAAAGCGCGAGACCCACCACAGCCUGUUUUUGAGCAUGUCGAAUACCAGCCCGCUCCCCCGAUGAAAUCGUUGCCUGAAGUUGAAUCGGAUGAAACCGUGGUUUCCAUUUUUAAGUUGACCCGAGACCAACUUAACGCGCUUAAAGCAAAAUCGAAAGAAGAUGGUAACGCGAUUAACUAUAGUUCGUAUGAAAUGCUCUCAGGCCAUGUGUGGAGGUCUGUGUGUAAAGCUCGUGGCCUGACAGAUGAUCAGGACACCAAGCUUUACAUUGCCACGGAUGGGCGGGCCCGUUUACAGCCCACUCUGCCUUCAGGGUAUUUUGGGAAUGUUAUAUUUACCACCACUCCGGUAGCUAUAGCAGGUGAGCUUCAGUCAAAGCCUACCUGGUACGCUGCUAGUAAAAUCCAUGAAGCGUUGGCGAAGAUGAAUAACGAUUAUUUAAAGUCGGCGCUUGAUUAUUUGGAGCUACAGUCCGAUUUGAAGGCUUUGGUGCGUGGGGCCCAUACAUUUAAAUGCCCGAAUCUUGGAAUAACAAGUUGGGCUAGGCUCCCGAUUCAUGAUGCGGACUUCGGAUGGGGUCGGCCCAUAUUCAUGGGGCCUGGUGGGAUUGCGUAUGAAGGUUUGAGUUUCGUUUUACCAAGCCCAAUUAACGAUGGGAGCUUGUCUAUCGCCAUUUCGUUACAAGCUCAACAUAUGAAGCUUUUUAGCAACUACUUGUAUGACAUCUAACAAUUUCACUAUAUUGGUUAAGAAUUUUUUCCAUUGCUAUAAAAUGUUUAAUUGAAACUCU